UUAACGUCUUCUCUAUUUUGGGGAGAGGACGUUCUCCAAUAUAGACUCAUUUUUGUAACAAUUCAUUUUUUUAAUUGUCGUCCACCCCAAAGGCCAAUUUUGCUUUAGAUCGUGACCUAAAUACGUAAGAAUUUAAGUUUCGGAUAUAUAUGUUUCAAUUUUGCUCAUGUUGGUAAGAGGCCUUUUCAGUCGGACAACCUUAACAUUCACCUCGUGAGCUCGUGUCUAUUUUCUUCAUAUUUUUUCAUAUCACGUGAUAUGAUCGUUUCAUCGACCGGGAGGACAGGUAAAACAAACACGUUCAUAUACCUAUAGAGCUCCUGUAGUGUUUGGUGGCACAUACAUGCAAGCUGCUCAAAGGUGUUCUUUCUAUGCAUGAAUACGCUGCUACAUGGAGUUGUCCUCGGUGUGAUCAGCACAAUGAAAGCGGAUGCCGCAGUAGAAUGUCACCAGAUCUAUAACUAAUGAAGGCAAAGUUAACGAUAUUGCACGCUAGAACUACUAGUGCAUCUGUUUGCAAGGAUCCACCACUAAGCCACCCAUAGCUGCGUGAAUUUAUUAAGAUUGUGUGCUACCAGAACAAGUCUGAGAUAACUGCUAGGAGUUGCGGUACCGCAAUGAAGUUCCAGGGCCUACCUUUUCGUCCACCUUCCCUAAAGAUGGUUGUUGGUCUUUCAGCUGGGCUUGUUGUUGUGUUUUUAAUGUUGUGGAUGAUUCAAGGCCCACAGUUGAUCAGUUCUGAUUCUUCCCUUCAAGGCUCCAAAUCUCCAACCCCCGCAUCUCAAGGUUCCAAAUCUCCAACCCCCACAUCUCAAGGCUCCAAAACGCCAACCCCCGCAUCUCAAGGCCCCAAAACGCCAACCCCCACAUCUCAAGGCUCCAAAUCUCCAACCCCCGCAUCUCAAGGCCCCAAAACGCCAACCCCCAAAUCUCAAGGCCCCAAAUCUCAAGGCUCCCAGUUGCCUCAGCGUCUCACGGGUGUCACAUCAUACAAUCUGGUGGAUGAAAUUACCAUGGCGUUAAUGGAUAAAAAUGACACCGAUGUCAAACAGUAUGGGGACCCGUUCUUUUAUAAAGAAGAGCUAGGAGGGGAAGUAGCCUCGACGCUACAGGGGGAUGUGGAUAAGUUUAUACCUGAGUUGAAAAUGACAUUAAAGGAAUACGACAGACUAGAGAAAGGCUUUUAUGGCCAUCUCAUGCGCCAGCAGUACGACUGCCGUAAUAGAGUUCGUGCUGGAAUCUCUGAAGAUGGAGGUUGGGAAGUUUGUAUGGACCCACCGUUUGCAAUCAAACCUGGCUCAUGUAUUGUGUAUUCUUUUGGAUUGGGCAAUGAAUGGUCCUUCGACAGAUAUAUGUCAAAGAGCUGCACAGUGUAUGGAUUUGAUCCAAGCAUCGGCCUAAAGCAAGAGUCCAAAGAGGUCCAACCAAACAUGUGGUUUUACAACAUUGGACUCUUUCGUGAAAACAGAAUUGUCAAGUGGAAGAAUGGACAACAAUGGGCCCUCAAAACUCUAGGGACAGUAAGGCAGAUGCUGAAACAUACAGAUGCAACAAUAGACUACCUGAAAAUGGACGUAGAAGAGUCGGAAUGGGACGCCUUAAAGACUGCCUUAAAGGAAGGAUCUUUAAAACAUGUUAAACAGUUAGCCAUUGAAUUCCACAUAUGGAACUUCUCGAAAUAUAUAACACCAAAGCAUGUAUAUGUAUUGAGAAAACUAGAAGAACUAGGUUUUAAGAUAUUUUUCGCAGAAAGAAAUGGGUCUGCGAGAAUAAAGUCCAAAUAUACUGGAAGAGUGCUGACGUGGGCCAAUAAUGUAUAUUAUGUCAAUACGAACUAUCUUCAAGCAUGAUUCACAUACAAGAAAGGAAUUUGACAAUUAAGCGUUAUGUACGGCACUAUUAUUAUUAACGCCCAAGAUUGUGAUGCCCGGCGACAAAACUUUCGUCGUUGAAGAGCAUUAACUUAACACGACAGAUGCUCAGCUUGGAACAGGUACAAUGUAACAAUCGCUCCAUUUAUGCUGACCGGUUUAUUAGCCAAACCGAUCCUGUGCUCGUCAAUCUGUCUCCAACCUGUAAAUAUUAAAGCCACAUUUAUCCAGGGAAGGCAAAAAUGGAAGUGGUGGCCGCACAAAUGAUUUUAUUUUUACCGUUUUCAGCUACAGUAACCGCCCCUCGUAUUAGUCAUGAUGUGUCAUUUAUGUGAUAAAAUUCAUUCAGAAUCUUGUGAACUGUGAAAGAUACAUUUGUAAUGUUAGUAAUUGACAGCCAUGAGUGAAUAAGGAUCGGGGAGUGCUUGUACAGUAACUGCAUCCAGGGUAGAUUGGUUUGUUCUUAUGAUGCUUGCAAACUGCGUGUAAUGUAAGCGGAGAGAAGGCCUUUAGAAAUUGGAUGAAGUUCAUGUAGAAAUAAAAAUGGAGAAAAAACGGCGGGGGAAACAACGGGAAAAUAGUAAUAAAUUAUAUGAAAGAA